GCUGAUCUCGAAGUGAUACGACGGGAGAAUCAAAUCGAGGUGUGUCGAAAGCUGCUGUCGUCUUGGGAGCUGAUCGUGAAAACCGUAUAACAAUGAGUCAUUAACCAGAAAAGACUCGAAGACGUCAGAGUAGUAUCGCGUUAAUAAGUAUCGUGGAACACUAAAUUUCUCGACGAAAAAAAUCAAAAUAAUCAUGGAGUGGUUGUUUGGAAAACGAAUUACUCCGGAGGAGAUGCUGAGAAAAAAUCAGCGAGCGUUAAACAAAGCAAUGCGGGAUUUGGAUCGCGAAAGAAUGCGAAUGGAACAGCAGGAAAAGAAAAUAAUAGCUGACAUUAAAAAACUUGCUAAAGAAGGCCAAAUGGAUGCCGUUAAAAUAAUGGCCAGAGAUUUGGUGCGAACAAGGCGUUUUGUCAAAAAGUUUAUGCUUAUGAAAGCAAACAUUCAAGCUGUGUCGCUGAAGAUCCAAACCUUACGUUCUCAAAAUACAAUGGCGCAGGCCAUGAAAGGUGUUACAAAGGCAAUGCAGAGUAUGAACAAACAACUAAAUUUGCCACAAAUACAAAAGAUUCUUCACGAGUUCGAGAAACAGUCAGAAAUAAUGGACAUGAAAGAAGAAAUAAUGAACGACGCGAUAGACGACGCGAUGGAGGACGAAGGAGACGAAGAAGAAAGCGAUGCAGUAGUUUCCCAAGUUUUGGACGAGCUUGGACUACAAUUGACGGACCAACUAUCGGGAUUGCCGCAAGCUUCCGGUUCGCUAAGUAUCGCGGGUUCAAAACAGCCGACCGCCGCUGCUGCAGCAGCGGGUGGCGGAGGUGGAACCGGUGAUGACGGGGGCAACCUAACCGAUGCGGACGCUGAUCUCCAGGCGAGAUUGGAAAACUUGCGUCGGGAGUAACGGGCGAGUGUAUGGAACCACGCGGUAGCCCUGAAAUCAAUUUUUCCCGCAAGUCACGGCCUCGCAGUUUUUUUACUAACGCAUAUUAAUAUAUAUAUAUUUAAAUAUAUAUGAUAUAAUUGUGAAAAAUUAGAAAAUUCGCUCCGCGAGUAACCACCGAGCACCCAAAAACCAUGCGGUUCUCUCAAAAGUUGCUUCUGCGAGUUCCAGCCUUAAAUUUUUCAGCAUAUACAAAAUCGAACGCGACCGAUUAUUGUCCAUCGCGAGUAAGCACAAAGUACUCGAAACUAUAGUUUCUCGUUGGGAAUUUCCACUGCGAAUCGCAGCCCUCGAAAUUUUACGUAUGAAUGAAACAUUGAAACGUUGAUGAAUUAGCUUCGCGCGUAACUAACCGAAUCGUUAAAAUCGCAAAGUCGCGUUCAAAAAUCCUCCUGCCAAUCACAGCCUCCAACUUUUCAAGAUUUAAAAAAACAUUAGGAAUUGAUUCUGCUGAUAAUCACCGAGUUGAAGUCGAGAACUAUUUGAAAUUCGCAAGUCCAAGCCUCCCAGUUUCUACAUACGAUUUUCUUAAAUUCUCUCUUAUGAGGAACUGAUUUUUCGAUAACGAACGAGUGUUUGAAACCACCCGAUGUCCUGAAGAAUCGUCUUCGCGAGUGCAAGAUUCCAAGUUUUUAACACAUACAUGUAAAUAAUAGUGGGAUAGUGGUGAAGAACUGUGAUUGGCGAACGUAUCGAAGUAUAUUGGAACAAUGGUUCCCCGGAAGAAAAGCAUGCAAGAAUAUUUUCAGUUUGAAUUUUUUCACUGAUGCAUAUUCAAUAUGUAUAUAUAUAUAGCGUGUAUAUAUAUAUAUAUGUAAUAUCGUGCGAGCUUGUGCGAAAUAUUUUAUGACUUUUUAUUGUCUCUCUGUGGGCGAUAUGCCGGCGUCCUGUUGUUAGUAAUAAUAAGUUAUGAAUUAAUCGAUAAUAAUAAUAGUAAUGAUCACACGUUGAUUACA